AUGGGAUUUCCUGAGAAGUUCGUGAAGCUAAUCGUUAAGCGCAUCUCUUUGGUGUCAUUCCAGGUUCUCAUCAAUGGGUGCACUAGUAAAAGUUUCAAACCAGAGAGAGGACUCCGUCAAAGAGACCCUUUAUCCCAUUACUUAUUUGUUCUGUGUGCAGAUGUUAUAUCAGACUGUAUUUUGUUCUCAAGAGCAGCUUCAACAGAAGCUAAGAGAAUCUUGGAGAUCCUUGCCAUUUACCAAAAAUCCUUUGGCCAAAUGGUUAACCUUGACAAGUCAGAAGCCUCUUUCAGCCUCAUGGAAUUCGCAUUGCUAGGAAAGCUCCCUGCAUUUCUCAUUUGUUUUUUUUUUGCGGAUGACUGCAUUUUUUUCUCAAGAGCAAGUUCAACGGAAGCGGCAAAUUCUUGGCAAAUUCUAGAAAAAACUGUGAAAGAUUCCAAUUCAUGUGCGUGUCAAGAACUUCAUGUGGAGACUUUACAUGAACAUCCUUCCUACCGAAGGCAAUUUGAUCAAAAAAGGUUGUAG